GGGCAGGGCAGGGGGCAGGGCAGCAGAGGGGGAAGCAGCAGGGGGGUCCCCAGGUCUCUGGUGGUGGAACGGCCCAGGCCCAGGCUGGAGGAUGACAGGCCUCGCCCCAGGCUCGACGUGGGUCAGAUGCCCAUGCAGAAGAUCUUCAUGACCUCAGAGAACCAGGAACAGGUCAAGGAACUGCUGAGGGAGCUGCAGACCCAGGACAUUGACGAGGUCUACGAAGACUCAGGUUCAGAAUACGAGGAAAGCGAGGAAGGGGAAGAGGAGGAGUUUGACGAGCUAGAUUACCGCGAGGAAGGCCAGUUCUGGAACACCCACGACGAGCCGGUGGAGAGUGCUGACAGCCCUGUGUACGAGCUGGAGUCAGAGGAGGACAGGCCCUCCCCUGAGCCCAUCAUCUCCCUGUUUGCCAUAGGGAAGCUCUCCAGGUAUGGUUUUGACCGGGAGCGUAGCAGACAGGCUCUGGAGGCUGGGGGCGGGGAGGUGGGGGCCACCCUAGAGCAGCUCCUCCUCCAGGUGGCCUCUGAGCUCUACGGCCCUAAAGCAGUGUCCCCAGACGGCCUCCAGGGGGCGCCCAUGGACGAGUGCCUCACCCAGAGGCAGGAGGAGGCCCUGGCUCUGACCGCCAUCUACGGCGAGCGCUUCACCGAGCGCAUCGCCAACGCCGUGUGGACCGUCUCUCUGGACCUCUCCUUCCUGGCCGACGUCCUCGGCAGCAAACCGGCGGGGCGGCGGAACGGCGACUCCAGACACGCCAAGGGGGAAGUUCACAUCAGGGACGUGUGCCGGUUCUAUCUGAAGGGGCAAGGGUGCAAGUUUGGAGCCAAGUGCAAGUACAAACACGAGCUCCCCACCUCCAUGGUGCCGGGGGCCCCCGAGCCGGUGAGCGGCAGCCAGCCCGGCUUCACCAGCUUCUCCCCCGCCCAGUACGAGCUGGAGGUGCGCUUCCCCAAGGGCAACCGCUACCCUUUCCAGGCCCCUGUGGUGGCCUUCAGCACCAACGACGAGGCGCUGGGCGCGGCCGUGAGGCUGAGCCUGACCGAGCGCCUGUUCGGAGAGGCCCUGGCCGCCGCCCGGCUCGGAGAGCCCGUGGUCUACACCCUGAUCACCUGCUGCGAGGACGAGGCCGUCGUCAUGGGGCUGCUGUCGGUCGGCCAUCACAAAUACAGCUCCCCGCCCCCGGUGGUGAUGGCGGCUCCGCCCCCGCCCGUCGCCACGGCGGCGGCGGCGAAGGGCAAGAGUGGGAGGAGCGUCACGUCGACACAGGAGGGCAAGAGUAAUGCUAACACGGGCAGUAACAGCAACCAUAGUGCCAACACCAAGAGGGGACCGACCAGCAACAACAGCAACAGCAUCAAGAAACCUGAGGUGAGACAGAGCGCGGAGCCGGAAGACUCGGACGAGAGGGAGGAGGACGAGAACGAGGAAGAGGUGGUCCCCGAGAGCGAGAGCUACGUCCACCUGCGGAAGAAGAUGGUCCGGAGGCACGAGCAGAGGAUGGACAACGUCCUGCAGGAGAACGGCAAACUGUGUCGGGAAUUCCGGCGAAAACAGUCAUCGGGGCGGUUCGGCUCCAUGCUGCAGCAGAGGCAGAAGCUGCCGGCCUGGCAGGAGAGGGACAGGAUCCUGGAGCUGCUGGACAGGUGCCAGGUGCUGGUGGUCAGCGGCAUGACCGGGUGUGGUAAGACUACCCAGGUCCCCCAGUUCAUCCUGGACGCCACCCUGAGCGGGUCAGCCGACCAGGUGGCCAACAUCAUCUGUACCCAGCCCCGCCGCAUCUCUGCCAUCACGGUGGCUGAGAGGGUGGCCCAGGAGCGGGCCGAGCGCCUCGGCAUCUCAGUGGGCUACCAGAUCCGCCUGGAGACUGUCAGGUCCUCUGCCACCAGGCUGCUGUAUUGUACCACAGGGGUGCUGCUGCGCAGGCUGGAGGGGGAAGCUGACCUCAAGGGCAUCACUCACGUCAUAGUGGAUGAGGUGCACGAGCGUACUGAGGAGAGUGACUUCCUCCUCCUGGUGCUGAAGGACCUGAUGGUCCAGAGACCAGACCUGAAGAUCAUCCUGAUGAGCGCCACGCUCAACGCUGAUCUCUUCUCACAGUAUUUCAACAACUGUAACACCAUCCACAUACCAGGGCGCACGUUCCCCGUGGAUCAGUUCUUCCUGGAAGACGCCCUCGCCAAAACACGCUACGUCAUCGAGGACGGCAGCCCCUUCAUGCGCUCCGGGAAGCAGAGCUCUUCCUCGGGGGGCCGCGGGGGCCGCGGGGGGGCCAAGGACCCCGUGGACAACCUAGGAGACGACAUGUGGAACUACAUGUCCUUCCAGAAGAAGGACUUUGUCAAAGACUCCAUCCCUGACCAGCAGCUCAGCCUACCAGAGCUCAGCAUCCGAUUUAAGGACGCCAAGAAGUCGGUUCUGAAGACCAUCGCUGCCAUGGACCUGGACAAGAUCAACAUGGACCUGGUGGAGAGCUUGCUGGAGUGGAUCGUAGACGGAGACCACAACUACCCCUCAGGUGCUGUGCUGGUGUUCAUGCCUGGUCUGGCUGAGAUCAAGAUGUUGUAUGAACAGCUCCAGUCCAACAGGAUGUUCAACAACAGGAACAGAGCCAGGUGUGUGGUGUACCCCCUCCACUCCUCCCUGUCCAACGAGGAGCAGCAAGCCGUCUUCAAGCGCCCUCCAGAGGGCGUCACCAAGAUCAUCAUCUCCACCAACAUCGCUGAGACCUCGGUCACCAUCGACGACGUGGUCUACGUCAUCGACUCCGGCAAGAUGAAGGAGAAGAGGUACGACGCGUCCAAGAGCAUGGAGAGCCUGGAGGACUCGUGGGUGUCGCGGGCCAACGCCCUGCAGAGGAGGGGCCGGGCAGGCCGCGUGGCCUCCGGGGUCUGCUUCCACCUCUUCACCAGCCACUGCUUUACCCACCAGCUGGCCGAGCAGCAGCUGCCGGAGAUCCAGAGGGUUCCCCUGGAGCAGCUCUGCCUGCGGAUAAAGAUCCUGGACCUGUUUGCCGACCGGACGUUGGAGUCGGUCUUCUCCCGUCUGAUCGAGCCCCCGGCGGCGGGCAGCCUGGAGGCGUCGGAGCAGCGCCUGCAGGACCUGGGCGCCCUGACGCCCGACGAGAAGCUCACCCCGCUGGGCUACCACCUGGCCUGCCUCCCCGUGGACGUCCGCAUCGGCAAACUCAUGCUGUUCGGCGCCAUGUUCCGCUGCCUCGACCCCGCCCUCACCAUCGCCGCCAGCCUGGCCUUCAAGUCCCCCUUCGUGUCACCAUGGGACAAGAGAGAAGAGGCCAAUGAGAAGAAGCUGAGCUAUGCUCUGGCCAAUAGUGACCAUCUAGCCCUGCUGCAGGCAUACAAGGGCUGGUGUGGAGCGGCCAGGAACGGGAACCAGGCAGGCUUCCAUUACUGCAGGGAGAACUUCCUGUCUGGGCGGGGCUUACAGGAGAUCGCCAGUCUGAAGAGGCAGUUCACUGAGCUGCUGUCGGACAUUGGCUUCGUCAAAGAGGGCCUGAAGGCCCGGGUCAUAGAGAGGAUGUGUGCCAAGGGGACAGAUGGCAUCCUGGAGUCUACUGGCCCUGAGGCUAACCUGAACUCUGACAAUAUCAAGCUGAUAUCCGCCAUGCUGUGUGCUGCCCUCUAUCCCAACGUAGUGCAGGUGCGCUCCCCCCAGGGCAAGUACAAGCAGACCAGCAAGGGAGCGAUGAAGAUGCAGCCCAAGGCCGACGAGCUCCGCUUCAUGACCAAGAACGACGGCUGCGUCCACGUGCACCCCUCCUCCGUCAACUACACGGUGCGUCACUACGACAGCCCCUACCUGGUGUACCACGAGAAGGUGAAGACCAGCCGCGUGUUCAUCAGGGACUGCAGCAUGGUGUCCGUCUACGCCCUGGUGCUGUUCGGGGGGGGCCAGGUGAACGUGGAGCUGCAGAAGGGGGAGUUUGUCAUCUCGCUGGAUGACGGCUGGAUACGAUUCGCUGCGGCCUCGCACCAGGUGGCCGAGCUGGUGAAGGAGCUACGCUGGGAGCUGGACCAGCUGCUGGAGGAUAAGAUCAGGAGCCCCAGUAUGGACCUGUGCAGCUGCCCUCGAGGCUCCCGCAUCAUCCACAUGAUCGUCAGGCUCAUCUCCACCCAGUAGACACACACACACACACAAUACAUACAUACAUGCAUACAUGCAUACAUACAUGCAUACAUACAGUACUUAUAUAUAUAUAUACACACACACACACAUCUCGACGGGAACUACUGUCAACAAAUUAGUUUUCUUUUACUUUUCCUUCGUCAGACUGCCAUAUAGUGUGCAAUAGAAACACAAUAGAUUACCGUUUGAAAUGCAGCCGUUUUAUUUGCUGUGUUUGUAUAUAUCCACACACAUUUCCUGUAUUAUUGGGAAACUCAAGGUGCGUUUUUUUUAUUAUGGGUUGUGUGUUUCCUUCACACAACUGAAAAAAAGCAUUUGAGUCCAUAUUGGAUUCCCUGUACUGAAAAUGAUCGCACAAAUCUUCUGGUUUUGUGUGUAUUUAUAUGAUCGAUGAAAGCAUGAUGGAUCUAGAGAAAUGAUACGGCUCCAAGAGCUUCUGCAUGUUUAUCUUCUGUACAUUUCUAAGGAAUGUAUGAGAAAUUGGAUAUUACACUGAUGUGAAAAUCAUGCCCUCGCAAUGUAAAGGGCUUACUGAUAUGAUGGCAGUUUGGUAAAGAGAGUUGCAAAAUAAUUUUGAACCCAUCAACUUGAGUGACUGUAACUUUAGUUGUAUAACAAUUUCACUUAAAAUAAAAGGAUGAUUUCACAAUUU